AUGAAGCAAGGCGAAGCCAAGAGGGAACAAGGAGGCAGCAGAAACGGAACGGGAACACCCAGUAGGGGAAGGACAUGGGGAAAGCGUGAGAGAAGAGAAGGGAAGAGCGCAGGACAGCCCAAAGGAGAGCAGAAGGGGACGGGGGGCGAGGCCACACCGGGGCGAGAGAACCCAGGGGCACAGGCGGGCGAACGAAGAGCCAGGGAAACACAAGGCAGAAGAGGGCACGCAGGCCGAAAGGGAAACGACGCGACGGCGACGCGCCAGGGCGAGCGCGCGCCAGGGCGCGAGGCCGCGGGGCCGGAAAGCCAAAGAGAGCGGGGCAGCGAGAGAGGCGGGGAACCCACGCCAACGCGGGGAAAGACAAGACAGAGAGAGAGAGAGAGAGAGAGACGAAAACCAGGGGAGCAGGAAGAGAGAGCCGACGAACGCGAGCGGGAAAACCGGGAAGGACGCGACAGAGAAGGCCAGACACAAGCAACAGGGAGAACGAGCAGAGGCAGGGCACAACAGAGAAGGCAGAGAAGGCAAAGCAGAAACAAGGAGCAGAACCCAACAGGAACAAGCCCCAAGAGAAAGCCCAGAG